AUGCUCUCCAGUUUGUUGUUGCCACUUGCAAGGCACAGACGACUCCUAGACCAGUUGGAGAAGUAUGUUUGGGCUCGGGAUGCAGAAGCCAAGUUCCCCAGCACCAUCAAUCCAACCGUUGACUCCUCUGCCUUCGCAGUGAGAUAUCAAAAAGCGGCACCUUCAGCCAUGAGGGCCUGGCAAGACAUGGAGGAUGUGCGGUCAGAGAUCUUGAAGCGAUGCCAAGAGAAUCAAGCCCGGAAGCGGAAGGAGGUCGAAGAGAAGAAGUUGAAGCACCAAGAGCUACUUGAGACUGCCGAAGCAAAACAGGAUCAGGCCGCGAGGUUGUCCUGCCUAUACACAGAUUGUUGGAACAGCUAUGAAGAACGUUGGGAGGCGCGGCACAGCGCAUCCUGCAGACGAUGUAGCCUCGUCAAAGAAGCCGAAAACAUUCAGCUUGAAGCGGCCAGCAUCGAGGUCGGCUUCUACGAAAAGUUGCUGCCGGAUAACGAGGAACUACAGCGAGGGAUCGUUUAUGACUUGAGGAUUCCUGAAUUGCUGGCGCUGCAGCGAGAUGCGGUUUUAAUGUUGGCGGAAGCCUGCGUGCCCAAAGAUCUCACCCAUGAUACUUCCUUUUCGUCUUCUUGGAGAGAGGAGGAUACCCUACAGCAGUGGCAAAUCAAGAUGGUCAUGAUUUCUGAGCUUGGUGCAACCACAAAAAAACACCAAGGCAUCAGGCACGUUUUGGAACAUCCCACCUUCAUCGUGCCAAACCGGCGCGAUGUUUGCCUUCUGCUACGUGGGAAGCGAAUCAAUCAUCCAUUGGCUUGGUGUGUGCGAUCCUUAACAUGUUUGAAGACCACAGAUGAGCACUUUAGAGCCCUUCAACCAUUUAUCUCAUCUUGGGAGCACGAUGAGAACAUGGUGAUCGCCAGCAAGGCAAAUGCUCACCCAGCGCUGCAUUUGCUGGAAUUUGAAGCCUAUGGCACCCUACGAGCUGGUUGUGGCCUUCAAUUACCUCGACUGCUGCGGGCGAUUGAGCAACGCACACUCUCCUUUCAACGUCAGGGAGUCCUUGACUUGUUGAUGGCUCUCCUGUGGCAAGUUGGUCCUCCCAGGCGGCAGAAGGUGGAUCGUUUGGAUCUGAGCCAAACAGAAGACUGGCUUCGUCACAGCUUACAGCAGGUGGAGCAGGCGGAUUUUGCAGAAAGGCUUUGCCACCACGUCAGCCGCCUCCUACGACAUUCAGAGGACAACUGGUCCAACGACAAGGUGCUCCUCGGGAUUUGCCAGAUUGCGCGCUGUAUUGUGGAGCACUCGACCUCAGGUGCGCCUGCCGCGCAGGCGUUGCUCUUGGAGGCAAGGCAGGUGGCCUUGCGGUGGCUGCGAGACGUGCAGCGUGUGAUGAGCGGCACCGAGAGCGCAGAAGUGGUGAAAGGGCUGCGCAUGAAGCUGGUUGACAUCGCGGCCACUGCUGCGUUGACCUUUCACGGUACUGGGAGCGCCGCGAUCAGCGACAGCAGCUUGAAAGACUGGUUAACUGCGAGGGCGACGGCUUAUGACAACAUUCUUCUGAGCACCACCCAAGUGAAGAACAUGGAGCCAUGCAGGAAACAACUUCUCUACCAGGCAAGGAGGAAUGCUUUGGACCUGGAGGACCAGCUACACCAGGUGAUCAGCGAUGGCCAGACACUCUCUGCAUGGCUCCUGGAGCAUUGGAGCGAUUCUCAGGGAGGCCAACUGGGCCAUUGGGAGCGCUACGAAGCCCCAGCAGAGCGUUGGUACAAGGUGAGCUUUCACCGUGAAGACGAGAGUUUGAUCCAGGUCGAUGUUUUGGAAGGAGCCUUUCUGGUCAAUGGCAGGCCAGUUGGCCGCUUGCCCUCACAAAUCUCCCAGAGCGACGUGUACGCACGACUCUUCCGGGAUAGUGUCUUCGAUGUGCAGCCAGCACAUCAUGGAGAGGGCUUCAAGACCAUGAGGGUCAGCGGUGCGAUGUUUGGCUUCUUUGUGGAUGAGGAUGGAGAUGUGAUCAUCACAGAGGAGCGAGAGAUUGCUGGUCAACUUGUUAAGGCGACUUUGGUUCCACACGAGGCUUUCCAGGAUGAUCUGCCAAUCUCUUUGAUUGAAGAUCACAGCCAUUGGCUGGUGGAGGAGGAUGGUAAAGCUUUCGUGUAUUUCCGGCCUGUACGAUUUGAUGACAAGGAGUUUACCAAAGGUUGCUCGUUUGAGGGCUCAAGCUACGUUCUUGACCUGACGUCUAGGAACAUCAUUCAGACCCAAGAGAAGUGGGAGCUGAUAGAUGUUCGCAGUGGCACCUUUGAGGAACUCUUUCGGGUGUUCAGUCGCCUGGAAGACCCAGGACGCAUUCACGUUUUCCAUCGACAUGGUGAAGAUACAGUGGCAUUCCUGCCAAGGCUGCAGAAUCUGUGCUUCAGCAUCCACUCUGGUAACAUGUCCGAUAUCCGCAUCACAUCCCGCGACUUUGGCGGAGAUGUGGCAGAAGAUCAAAACCUCGGUACCUUGAUCGGACUACAACGUGGCUUGCUGUUGCAAACCAACCACGAGAAGAAGCUGCUCAUGCCUCAUGCAGAGGUGGUGAGGGAACUCAGUUGUAUCGUAGACCUCAACAUGUCCCAGCUCCGCACGCCUCCAGUGUUCGCAUAUACGCUUCGCACAGAUCUUCGGGAACUGCGUGGUCCAAAGGAUCGAGUGGCUUGGUUGUAUUUGGCAAAGUUGCAUGCUCUCACAGCACAUCUGCUGCGUGAUCCCUUCACCACACGGACCGGAACAGAGACGGCGCUCAGUCUCCUUCGCUCGGCACGAUGCAGGGGGAACCUGUCCAACGGUGAAGAUGUUCCUUCCAUUGUGGCAGAGCAGACUUUGCAGGAAAUCGCAAGGCUGGCUCCUGUGCGGAACAGCAAGAAGAGUGCAGAGACUGUGGAUUUUCAACAGUUUCCAGCUCUGUGUGCCCAUGAAGGUCUAGCCUUCCUCGCACGUGAUGCUAUGCAGGAGAUCCAGGAACAAAAGGCGCUGAUGGGCCUCGCAAGCAAUGGCUGUCCCAAGGAUUGUGAGGAGAGGUGUGGUCGCUUGGCCCAACGGUCUUACUUCCGUACCGGUGACACGUUUGGUCUGGCAGCGCGUCUGCAAGCAGAAGAGGAGAGGUCAGCAGCGCAGCCCAGUCGACCAUGGCAGCCGACCUGCUGGCAAGAACAGUUUGGAGCCACAGCGGGGGCGCGGGACGUUGCCUUUGUAGUCUUCGCGAACUCCUUGCCACCACCGGAGAAUAGACCCAGCUUGCAGAGCUUGUUACUCACUUCUCGAGAUUUGCAGGGAUGUGUGGAUUUUCACUGCGAGGAGGUGAGCGUGGCAGAGUGGGAGUUGCUUAGUCGUCAAAAGACGUUGGACCUCCGACAGAUGUGGAUCGCCUUUUUCCAGGCUGCCAAGCGUCCGGGCAAGGAGAAAUGUGGCUUUAUGUUGGCUUACUUUGCUUCGCAAUGGCCCCCUGAGGCGGUGAAUCAUUUGCAGCUGUUGGCCAGCAUUUCGGUGCGGCAGGAGAGUUUUCGAGGGCUUGAUCCACCAAUGUACGCUUCCUAUUCAAGACCUGAUGAGAAGGACUUGAACGCGGCCACCGUUGGAGGAAUCAUCGCGGAGCACCUGAAGUCCUUCACAGAGAGUCCCCCACUCCGACGAACUCGGCGGGAGCAAGAAGAGGCAGACGCGCAGUUCCAGCAACGUAGGGAAGAGCAUCAGAGGUACGCAGAAGAAAGCAUCCAGCGGUUGGCAGGUCGAGUAGCUUUGAGAUGGAGAGAGGGAUUGCGCGCCUUGGAAGUGAGCGAUUGCCAAGAUGACAUGGUUUCGAAUGCUCAUGAUCUGACAGUAGCAUUGAAUGAGUGCUUUGAGCGCUGGUGGCGAGCCUUUGAACUCCAUGAGUUCCUGGUGAAGGUGGAAAGACAACUCCAAGGGCUUGGUCAAGGGGAACUCUCCCAGAGUCGCCUGAUGGAGCGCUCUCCAGCACCAGUUGUUUGUAAGAACUCCUUCAACCUAUCAGAACCAGCUCCAUUGGAGCUGAGUGGAUCUCCACUAGAUGAGCUCUGGAUGACCGGGUCGCCUGGCGAACAACUCGUGCUCGAGCCACCCUUCCAACCGCCCGCGCGGCGUUGUCCCGAGCUACGAUUGGUGCCAGAGACCGCUUACUCGGUGAUCCAUGAGGAGUUGUGUGCGCCUUUGCAAGAAAGCUGGCGCCUGGCACAUCAAAUGAAGAUGUCCCACAUCAGCCAUGACUACUCUCCUCCGAAUUUGCGAGAGCAACUGGAAGAAGCUUUGGAACUUCGACAGGACGACACGGAAGACACUUGGCAGAGAGUUAUCGAUGCCUUGUGCAGCCCGGGGCGCUUUGACGCUUUGAUGCGGAGCUGUGGUCUCUUUGAAGAGCCGAUUCCCCUGUCAGUGCUUCCGCGACUUCCCAUUGUGACAGGUCAGCUGCAGCAGGUCAUUGGAUCUUAUGCGAUCGCCCUCCGAGCGGAACAGCGGGUGCUUCGUUGCUUGCGAUUGCUGGAGCUACCUCACAUGAGCGCAUGGCUUGCGCGAGAGCUGCAAGAGUCCAGCAGUGGAUGUGUGGGUUGGAAACCCAGAGAAGAGCCGGGGUGGUUGCUGCUGGAGAUCGACAAUGACUUCUGCAUCCGCGAGCAACAGGCUGCCGUGGCAAAGGAACUCAUCAGUGCCAGCGGCAACCAGCUGCUGCAGCUCAACAUGGGCGAAGGGAAGACAUCCGUCAUUGUUCCUAUGCUGGUGGCUUCACUGGCAAAUGGCAACUAUCUCCUACGGAUCACCGUUCUUUCAUCUUUGCGCCCUGCCAAUGCGGCCGACUGGCAGCUGAAGUUGGGCGGCUUGCUCAACCGUCGCUUGCAUCCCUUGUUCUGUCGUCGUGACCUUCCUGUGUCCGAAGCAUCUGCGCAACGAAUGGUCACUCUCUUAGACAAGAUCCGAAAUGGCCAGCAUGUCCUGGUCACUGUGCCAGAACAUCGUCUAUCAAUGGAAAACAAAGCCAUCGAACUAGCCUGGAAGGGUGAACUGGCUGCGAGCCAGCAGCUGCAUCACGUCUUGGAUUUCUUUAAGAGACAUGGGCGAGACAUCUUGGAUGAGUCGGACGAGAUCCUUCACGCGAAGUAUCAGCUCAUCUACACCUUGGGUCAACCGGUGGCUUUGGACGGAGGCGCCAUGCGUUGGAGGGCCGCCACCGCAGUCCUGGCCUGCGUGGCCCGUCACGCGCCCGACUUGGCCAGAGAGUUCGGGCCGAAGGCAUUGCAACCGGUACCCGAGGACACCGCGGAGUAUGAGUUUCCAGAGAGCCUCCGUUUGUUAGCUGGCGCCAAUGAACAAGGAACUGAUGGCAUAAGCUGCUACCAGCGGCUGUGCAAGUGCAUCAUGCAAGACUUCCUGGACGAAGUCACUGGCUUCAAGUUGCCUUUGCGCGCCGUUGAGCGCACGCGCUUCGAGGAGUGUGUGCUGAAGCCGGAAGCGGAAGAUCAACCAUGGGCUGAUUUGCACGAGAGCCUCCAGCCACUGGCGCAGCUCCUACGAGGAAUUCUCAGUCACGAGGUGCUGUUACUGGUUCUCAGCAAGCGCCACCGCGUUGACUAUGGCGCCCAUCCACAGGGCGUGCGGCGCAUGGCUGUGCCUUACCGUGCUAAGGAUGUGGCAGCCGAGCGGGCGGAGUUUGGCCACCCGGAUGUGGCAAUGCUGCUCUCGAUUUUGACGUACUACCGAAGCGGACUCAGUGACGACUACCUCCAUGAGGUCUUUGAGCGGCUACGGAAGAAAGCCGUCGAAGCAGAGGCAGCGUCAAUCUAUGAGAAAUGGACUGCGCAGAUGAAGGAGCGUAUGCCCGCAGAUCUCCGCAAGUGGUCCGGUGUGAACCUUGACAACCGGCAGAUGGUUCUCCAUAGGCUUUUCCCACUCUUGCGCAGGCAUCGAGGAGUGAUUGAUUUUUGGCUUGAUGAGGUGGUCUUUCCCGUUGAAGCGAAGUGUUUUCCCCAGAAGAUUGCAUCAACAGCCUGGGACUUGUGCAGUGAUCACGGUAUCACCACAGGCUUCUCUGGGACGGAUGACACCCGUUUGCUGCUGCCUUUGACGAUCGAGCAAAAGAAUUUGCCAGGGCUGGCCUGUACCAAUGGCAUUGUUCUGCGUAACCUGCUGAAGCAGGAGAACGACCGGUACACAUCGCUGCCAGCAGAAGUGAGUCCCAAUGGCCAAAGUCUUUUGCAGUUGAUCAGCAUUUGCCAACGGUCCAUCAAUGUAGUGCUCGAUGCGGGCGCCUGGGUCACGGACAUGUCCAACGAGGAAUUUGGGGCCAAGUGGCUUGAGCAGCGUCCUGACAUGGAGGCUGUCGUGUUCUUCGGCCCGCAGAACGAGAUUCUGGUGAAGAAUCGAGCUGGUUGGAACAUGGCUCUAGCCACGUCGCCCUACGAAUCAUCUCUGCAAAAAUGCCUUGUCUACUUGGAUGAUGUCCACACGCGUGGAUCCGACUUUCGGUUAAGCCCAGGGACCUGUGCAGCAGUGACUUUAGGCCGACGCAUGCAGAAGGAUAAGUUGGUGCAAGCGUGCAUGCGCAUGCGCCUGCUGGGCAAUGGGCACACAGUCUCCUUUUACGCCUCAUUCGAGGUGGACCAACAGAUCGCUAAUUUCCGCAAUGAUACUGGGAGGUCACCACAGGCCAAACAUGUGCUCGCAAUCCUUUCCUGGUGCUUGGCCAACACUGCCCAAGCAAUUGCAGAGAAUUUGCCCUACUGGGCGGCCCAGGGCAUGAACCGCUUUCAGAAGAAAGAUGCCUACGCUAAGCACUACAGUACAGAUGCCGAGCGCUGCGACCUCCAGUCCUUGGCCGCGUCUUGCACGGAAGACGAAAAUUGGCAGCUUCAGGAGAUGUAUGGUCAUGCCCGAGUGCACCGUUCCAUGCCGGAGGUUGUGACAUCCAUGAUCCGUCGCCAGGGCCGUGGAGCGAACUCGAUGUCGAUCGUCCAGCGCGUUCGAUUCUUGGCAGAGAGCAUCUCCUGCCCCAGCAGCAUGUUGUCUGAGGAGCAAGAGCGUGAACUGGAGGCUGAAUUAGAAGAGGAGCGACAGGUGGAGAGACCUCCAGCCGCCAAGCCAGCGACACCACAGCUGUCUCCGGGACUGCUGGAGCUUGCCACAACAGGCUACACGGCUGAAUCUUUCCAGAGCCUGGACGAGGUGUUGAAACGGACGUCCUUUCAGACACCCAGCUGGAAGCUGGUGAAAGUGCAGGUGACUUCGGACUUCAUUCGGACGGUUGACAAUGUCAAGGUCUUGGAUUGGUAUUUGAGACCUGUCCAGUGGCUUCUGAAAGGCAGGGUUGACGGGUUGACCCAAGGGAACAGCCGCAACCAAAUUGUUCAUGCCUUUGACCCACCAGCACCCCAUGUUGACUGAUGUCCAUUUCAAUGAAGUUGAGAUCAUGUUGACAUCUGGUAGGGGUGGCUUCUAUAGCUUUGCUGCUUGCUCCUUUUUCUGCUCAGUUGUUUGUCAAUCUCAGGUGAGGACCCCUGACCAUUUCAGGCACCUCCCAACGCGUUAUCGUGAGUAAUUUUGAAGCAGAAGCAAUCGCCAGCAUCUUUCUGAUGGAGGGGCCGCGCUUCUGAUGUCCAUUCUUUGAUAAUCUAGAUCCAGUCGGUCCAAUGAAACCUUUGCAGCAUCUAUUGCGCUGUUCCCUUUUGGAGCCCAGAGAGUUCCCGUUUGCCAUAUGAAGCCAGGAGGGACAUGCGGCGAAGCUUCAAUUGGUGGCGUCCUGUUUGUCGGCAGAGCAGAAGCCGGUCGAUGGGCCACUGCCGAUUGAGGUGGAAGUCUUUGCAGGAAGCCUCUACGGCAUGGAGGCUGACGAUAUGUCCUGCCUUCGAAGCUUUCUGGGAUUGAGCUUACCAAUCCCUCGAAGCCCGAGCUGGACAGCGCUUUUCGAGCAAGGUUUUAUUGCCAACGAUGGCUUCGUCAAGCGUACAGACCACGAGCGCGUGGCAGGGGUAGACCGACACUUCAAGCCGUCGUCAUCGCCCUUUGCAACCUCACCAGUGAGCCAAGUGCGUCAGCUAUACGAGGCACGUCACUUGAGCGCCGCUUUGCUCCAUGCGCCUGUGGCGCAGCUGUUUGGAGCCUACAAGAACACCUAGAGCUCGACGCCAUUGCUUAAGCCUGUUGGCAAAUUUGUUCAGGUAGGGUCCUUCAAGAUCUAGCUUCCAAUCAAAAGAAUAUUUGGUAGCUGACUGAAGAUGUGGAGAUGGCAGUCCAACUGGCCUUCCCAUGGCUCCUGCUCUUUGAUCUUUGAGCAUUUGAAGCCCUUUUUGAGCAUAUUGGCCCCCGAACAAACUGAUAGCAUCUAUGCCUGACGUCAGAAUCCAAGUCAAGUCACGUUGAUUUUGAAGUUGGAAAUUGUCUCUUUCGAUUGUCAAGACAAGACCCAACACAGCAUGAUGUUGCAAAAUCUUUG